CUUUUCCCAAGUUCAUGGCCCUGCCGCCUGCGCAAUGGAGCAGGCAAAUGAGGCGAAGAUCUGCAACGAUCUGCGAUGCUUCAUCCGCUCUCACUCAUCCCUUCGUCACGCAGCAUCGUGGCCUCCACACCUGCCGUCCGUCGUUGGCCCGCGUGACUGUCAUCCCGAUGGAAGUGGCGCCAUCACAGCCGCAGAGGCUGCACCCUGUAAGAAAUGACUGACACAUGAGUGAAGCAAAGAUCCCGAUUGCUUUGCCUGUUUUUUUCUUUUCACUCAGGAUCUGCCUCCGAUACGCGAGAUCAACUCGCUCACUCGGCCGCAGGUCAUUGCCGCACUCAAAGGUGGGCAAGUCUUCGACAGACAAAAGCUCAGCAGUUUGUUGACUCAUUCAUGCGCGUGUGUGAUCUCUUGUCAGCUGCGGACCAGACUGGCGGCGUGGAUGAUGACUACUGGGAGUGUCUGCUCGACCGCACACGGCAACUCGCACCGCAGCUCCUGCCCGACGACCUCAGGAGAGUCUAUCGCUCCCUCGCUUCGUAGCCGACGCACACGUGCACACGGCGACCUUCUGUGAAUGAGUGGGUAUCUGUCCGUGUCAGUGCGAAGCGUCACGACUUGGCCACUGGCACUGCCCUCAAUCGGCGGCUCCGCGAGGUCGUCCAUUCGUUGUCGCUGGACCAAAUAGGUAGUGCACGGCUACACCACAUCACAUCACGGCAUGCCGGACAAUGAGCUCGGACUUAUUCGUUCCUGGUGUGUCCAUCAUGAUUGUGCAGCCAGGAUUCUGUUCUGCCUCCAGGAGAUGCAGUGGCGGCCCACAUGGAGCAUCCUAAAAAUGAUGGAAAAGGCAGAAAAGGUGAGCGCACCGAUGCAUGAAACCGCUCCUGUGUACGUACCGUCUGUCUGUCCUUAUCGCUGUCCAGGAUCUCCACGAGGCGACUCCCAAGCAGCUUCGCGAGAUUGUGGCAACGUUUGUCCGGCUGCACAUCCCCAUCAGCUCUGAUUUCUACCAGGCGCUGCUCAAGAAGGUCGGUGACUACGUCCCGCGAGUCGUCAAACAGUUCGAACCAGCUGACUUUGCGGUGAGUGAGUGAGUGAGUGAGUGGGAAUGGGCCUUCGUCUAUGUCACGGCAUUAUAUUGGAGGCUCCUGCAGGUGAUCCUCAACGCGUACGCUCAGUUGGGGCUGAGGCACGAAAAGGUUAGCAAAAGGAGAAGAAGAAAAGCAGCGUCGACCAAGAAGGGCGGUUCUGUGUCCCUUCUUGAUUGCAGCUGUUUGACGUGUGCGCCCACCACGCGUCCUAUCAGCUGGACAAGUUCUCAGCGCUGGUGAGCCAGAAGGAUAUUUGCCUUCCAUCCGUAUCCAAUGCACGUUCCUUGCACCGGGUCGGGUGUGGUGUGUGUCCUCAGCAAUUGGCUCUGACGAUCAACGCCUACGCGCGGAUGCAGAUACGCCGGCUGAUGCUGCUCAGGUACGCCCGUCAGUCACGACACAGCCCUUGGCAAAAUCUAUCUAUGCUGUACAUUCACCCGUGUCAAUGUAUUGUGUCAUUCAUUUAGGUCUGUUGCUGACCAGGUGGUGGCUCGUGCCGACGAGUUGAGCCCUCAGAACAUGUCAAACAUCGUCAAUGCAUUCGCCAAACUGGAAUACACCGACCCACACGUGUUCGAUGAGAUCGCGCCGAGGGUACGGUGCGAGCAUCGCUGUGCACAUGAGGAGUGCAAUCAGCGUGCAUCCAUCGUGCGUGUUUGUCGCUAUAGGUGUCAGUGAAGGUCCGUCACUUCAGCCCGCAGCAGCUGUCCAAUGUGGCCAACGCCUUCGCGAAGGCGGGCAUCAAGAAUGAUGUGGGCUGCAAGACGAAGAAGCGAGCGCCGCCAUCAAUCAUGUCCGGCAUGCAUGUUGGUUGCGUGUGUUGUUGUAGGUGUUGUUUGAUCGCAUCGCCAAGAUGUCCAUACGCGUCAUGGACAGAUUCAAAGCACAGUAAGAAAUGCACGCAGCUCACAGCGGUGUACGUAACAUAACCUUUUCUGUUUGCCCAUCCAGGGAGGUGGCCAAUUUGGCAAAUGCGUAUGCCAAGCUGGAGUACGCAAACAAGCCCCUGUUCGCAGCCAUUGCAGGUAGCACGCCACGCCCCCAUCCUGAUCUGAUCUUGUGCUUGCUGGACUAAGGCAUCCGCUUUUGUGUUCUUCCUCUCUCUGCAGAUGAGACGAUAUGGCGUGGCACUGUGGGUAAGUGAUAGAACUCACAUGUGGCCACGAAAUGCGAUGGACCAUUGUCGUGUGUAGCGUUGGAGGUGCCCCAGAACCGAUUCACGAUGAGGGACACCGCUGAACUGGGUAGAGAAAGGGAAGCAAGGGAGCUGAUUUGCGGUUUGUCAACUGUUCCAUCUCACUUUGAGUAUCGUCUCGUGUGUGGGGCAGCGAAUGCGUUUGCCAAGUUGGGCAUGCAUGACUUGCGAGUCUUCUUGUCACUCACAAAACUCAUGAGGAAGGUGGGCAAAGGAGGCAAGAGCAGGACUCCACACGGCCCCCCACCUCUGUGUGUGCACAGGCGAUGAAGUCUCGGCAGGGCGCCGAAGACACCCCUGAUGGACAGACACUGUCCAUGAUAAUACACGCAUACGGUGAGCAGCAAUGGACACGACGGGCUGGUUGGACAAGACCGAUGGAUGCUUCUUUGCUGUGUGUCAGCCAAGGCUGGCAAGAGGUUCCACUUCUUCCUGCGAUUCAUCGCACACUACCUGCUGGAAUACAGAAACAAGUGAGAGAGACAUAUUGCAAUGCAGCACAGGACAGACAGGACAACGAGCUCAUGAGUCCUGUCUGUUGUCCGCGUGCGUUGAUCAGAUACAGCACUAUGGGGCUCUCCAACAUCCUGCAUGGGUGCCAGAAGCUGGGCAUCAAACACCAACUGCUUUUCGGAAGCAUACUCCAACAGGUGACAACUAGGUGCAGGGGGAGUGACUGACGAUAAAGUAAGAAACAGCUACCUCCCCACGUGUGCGUCUUGUCCGUCAGUCGAAGGAGCGACUGGAGCAAUUCUCCCCCCAAGGUGCGGCUGCACCUACCUACGUGAAGAAAUGCUCUUUUUCUCUCGUCACAUGAAUGCCAUGUCGCAUUCAUUCACAGGUCUGGUCGUGCUUCUUCACGCCUUCUCUCGCCUCGAUGUCUACAAGAGGUCCUUCGUCAGACGAGCACUCAAACAGGUGAGUGAGUGCACAAAGAGACACAAGAUGCGAGACCGAAGUCCUUUGCCCUCUUUACCCCCACGUCUUUGCUCUUUGUCAGUGCGGUAUUUAUCUGGCGCAGUUUGAGAGCAUCGACAUGGCGGCCCUCUCGCAGGCGUUGGCGGAGUUCAGAUACAGAGAUGUCCACUUCCUCAAGAAAAUCGGAAGGGUAAGCAGAAUGGAAGAAACAGACAGACAAGGCUCUGUCAGGUAAGUAAGCAUUGGUGUGCGUGUCCUUGCUCUCCAGGCGGUUAUGACCAAGAAGUAUGAUCUGUCGAAUCAGCAGCUGGCCACCAUCCUCUACUCAUACGCCAGGCUGCGGAUCAACGACAAGGUCCUCUUCGAUGCCCUCCUGCAGGAGGCGUACGAGCGGCAACACCGUCUCAAGGAACAGGUGACUGACCAACAACCAGUCGAACGAUGCAUUGGGGCAAUGCAGCCCACCCGCCGCUGCUUUCUUCUUUCAGGAACUGGUCAACAUCGCCCUGGCCAUGGUCCUGCGAGACGUGGAGAAGAUCACCAUCACGUCAAUCGCCAACCCACCUUCCCAACCGACAGAAACACAGCAAAUCGAAGACUCGCCGACCGGCGUUGCACCCGCAGAGCCCUCCGCCGAGAUCACACCCGUGACAACAGACACCGCCCCUUCUGCUUCCGCUGCUGCCGGUGGUGGUUUGCUGUCUCUUGGUGACAUCCAUGAGCCCCACUAUGUCCCGCUCAUCAAGGCUGAGCCCUGGGAGGGCGACAGCAGCAUCCUCUCAGCCAUGCUGCAAAGGACAAUACAAUUCAGGUAAGACGAAACAAAGAAGGCGUUAGGUUGAUGUCUGUCACAAGCACUCUUCCGUUGAUGCAGGAAACGAUUGCGCUUCGAGGGUGCGAGUCAGCUGCAAAUGAUCGAGCUCUACCUGAGGCUGCUGGUAGGAAGCAUGGCAGAAAUCACACCUGUCCUCGUGUGCUUGAUCUUGUCUCUCUUCUCGCCAGCGACCAGAGAUCUAUGAGAGUCUGCCGUUCUCAGUCAAGGAAUUUUUGGCACGGGUGAGUAAGCGAGUGGAGAAAGGCAUAACGAGGGACGCUUCACCGGUCUCACGCCCAUCUGUCCGUCCGUCCGACCAUGUGGCAGGUGCGCCGUGUGAGUCUACGCGUGGACGACUACAUGGCCCAGAGCUCCCGCACCCACCGCAUGAUAUCGGGGUACUUCACGCGGGUCGGGCUGCACCACAGAAACGAAGUGCAACUCGGGCCCUUCAUGAUCGACAUAGUAAGGCAGACAAACACUUAGACAUGAAUGAAUGCGACAAAUGAAAUGAGUGGCUGGCCUUGCAAUUGUGUGUUGUAUGUCAGGUGAUCGGCAAUCGUCUGGCAGUCGAGGUGGAUGGUCCGCAUCACUUCUUCCGAGAAACCAACAUGCGGACGGCGCUGUCAAUACUCAAAACCAGGGUCAGCUCAGCCAGAAAGAUGACUGACGUGACACACACCAUGUGCGGUGCGGUGUGAGAUGAGGAUCGACUUAAUGAAUGUAUCGAUCAGGUGUUAGAGGCGAUGGGUUGGAAGGUCGUCCACAUCCACCACGAUGAAUGGGCGCAAUGCGGUCGGCACGGCAAACACAUCCACACACGCACCGCACGUGGUCGCUACACACCUGUACAGUACACCUGUGUAUGUGUUGUCUUGCUGCUUGCCCGUUCAGUGACUGGCCAGAAACGACACCUCUACUGCUACUCAUUCUGGUCGGCAAAGAACAAUAGUGAUGGAUGCCUUGCACUUCCCGCUGGCCCAUCACUGCACCUAUGCGUGGGUCCUGUGUAUGGGCGUGUGUGUCUCGUACUCAGGCGUCAUCUGUUGCCCAACUGGGGCGAGCAGGCCGACACCAAGCCAAAGGUUGGAGACCUCAUCAGACUCGUCGCAAAGAGCAGAAACAAUGGUGAACCGAACCACACCCACGACUCUCAUUCAUCUGUGAGUCCCAAAUCUCAUCCCCUCUGUCGCCAUCACGUCAGACACCGAGGAUGCUUCCCUCGUGGAUAUCGAGCGACGCUUUUCGACGGACCGUUUGUCUCUGGAAGAGUAUGAGGACUUCCUCAAGACCGUCAGCGAGCACUACCUCGACCCCUCGCAAGUCACCCAGCCGCCCCCUGACGCCGCCUUUGACGCCAUACCCGCCAACGCUGCGGCCGACGCGCCACAGCAGCUGCUGGAGCCCUCCUCCCCUCCUCUGUCGCCCUUCGACCCGACACCCUCGCACAUGCUCGGGGAGGAACGACCAAGGGACAAGAUCAGAGAGGAUGAUCACGCCGUGACGGAGGCAACCAGAGCGGCAAGCCAGUCUGCUGGGCCGCGCGAGAAGAGGAAGCGGGCCCGGCAGGAGGAGCUGGUGCGCGAAGUGGAGGCGCUAAUGAGCGAGGCGGACGCGGCUGAGAAGGCGGCUCAGUCUGAAGAAGCACCGCCGGGCACUUCGCGUGCGCAUCCCGUUGCGCCGCCCCCCCCAGAGGAUCUGGGAAAGCCACUGCCGAGGUAUCAUCGUCAGGCAAAAGACAGGCGGCCCAAGGCCACAGCCAAAGACGAUGCCAAGAACGAGGCUGAGGGUGAUGCGGCACCGGCGAUCGAGGGCCUCAUCGACCGGCGCGCGGCCGCCGACACCACAUCAGCUGUGGAUCUUUCCGCCUACCGCUCGAGCGACCGCAGGGAGAGAAUGAAACCACGCAGCGGCGUCCACGAGAUGGAUGAAGACCUACUUGAUUCUCUGGAUGAGCUGUUUAAGCCGCCCCCAGCCGAGCCUCAGCGCCGAGCACAUGAAGGAGGAGGCGACGACGAGGCCAGCGAGACAGAGCCUGCUGGAGGGAGGGGUCGGAGGAAGAAGCGAGAGGCGUCGGAGGUUGAUCUGGCGGCGCGAAAGAUGGCCAAGGAGGAGAAGCAGCGGGCGGAAGAGAGCGGCCUGUUGCUCGGCGAAGUUGACACAGACGCCGACUCGGAUGAGGAGCAACAGCUUCCUGCAACCGCUUCCCUGUCAGAUCGCCCCGCCGAGCGGACGACUGCGGCCCUCCCGCCCUUCUCUAGCCUGCCACCGUUUUUGUCGCACGAGCAAGCCUUUGAUAUCACAUCAGAAAUGCUCGAAGAGGAGAGACCCGCAACGACGCUAUCGCUGCGUGCAGCACUGUCGUCUGACGGUGCCCCAUCAACCGCAGCUGACCAGCGAAAUGGUGACAGCUACGACUUGAUUCACCAUGGACCACCAGGUGAGGUGGAUUGGGUUGGCUCGCGAUCUAUCUUGCAUUCCCACAUUCACUGACGCUUCGCAUCUCUCUCUGUGUGUAUGUGCAGGUGUUAUCGAUAUCGAUGGUGGGGGGCAUGUGUCUGUGUCUGAGUGGACGGGCAGCCAGGCUGAAGAAGCAAGAGUCAGGUCGAGAGGGGCAGGCAGGAAGAGGCGACGUGUAAUCGACCCAGACAAGCUCCAAGAAGAGCUAGAGGGCAUUGCAUUGGCGCAGCAGGCACAAGGGAAUCGGACAGGAGGAUGAGUUCGUCUGUGCGUCAGUCAGUGUGACUUGUUCAUAUUAGUGUUUAUGUGUUAGUGUCUUGUCAUGAGGCAGACAACAGAGUCAACGCAUCGUCAAUUGAUGAUGAUCUGUGGACACGACGUUGAUCUGCAUCACGCCACCCCUCAUGCUAUGCUGCCUCCUGUGGCCUGGCUGCUGGUGGAUGAUGACGCCUGCAUGCGGUCU